CGACUCAUUGGCUGUGUUCCUUAUGUGUUCCUUGCCUCUAGCUCGUACGUCUGUCUGAUCGAGGGCGCCAUGGCUGCACGCAGCAGAAUGCGAGAGUUAGGGAGCGAGCUGCGGGCAACCCCCUUUGUCAGCAUGCUCCCCAAUGAAACCUUCAUCGAAAUCAUCCGUCUCGCCAGUGCCGACUCGGAUGGAUGGUGCGACAACACGAUGGUAUUGGCCAGAUCCAUGGGCGUAUGCCGCUACUGGAGAGACCUCAUCAUCAAUACGCCACUCUUAUGGACCAGAAUCGAGUUGUCGAACAACACGCAAUACAUACGGCAAUUCCUGGCCCGCUCAGGCAGCGCGAGUAUCACACUAUCCUGUCCAUAUCUACGGCGGACGCGAUUAUCAGUGCUCGCCCCUCUGCUCGAGCCGCAUUACGCGCGGGUCGCACGUACGGACUUCCGGUUCUUCGACGACGAAGACGCUGCUACACUGCCGGCGAUGCUGAGUUCCUUCUUACCCUGCCUGGCAUCAAUUUCCCUCAGGCUGUACUCUUUUAUUACUCUACGGCAACGCUACUGCAUGCGAUUGGAAUCGAGACAUCUCCCGAGUCUCCGGAGCCUAUCCCUUGAAAGGUUCACCUUGGAUCUGACUCCAGAUUUCCCGCUGUCGCGCCUGGUAACGCUCAGGCUCUCCCUCGUCGAUCUCCCUGGUGAUCAUCAAUGCCUCGUCACUUUCCUCGAUAUGCUAGAAGCAUGCAAGUCGUUGGAGAACUUCUCCUGGGGGAAAUCCGGCUUCAAAAACUACUGUGAGCUCUGUGAGCACGGAGCAAGAGCAGACCGCAUUAUACCACUGCACCAGUGCUCGCCUCUCGCUGGAUACACACCUCUUUGAUCUGAAUCGUGGAGGGGAGAUCAAGCGCCAGAUCCCCACACUCCACGACAUCUUGCCACCUCACACGAUGUCGGGCAUGCAGUUUAUGUCAAACGCGCGGCACGUCGUGAUAUGGGCCUCCUCCUACGACGAGAUA